CAUAUUUUCAGAAAUUUCGGAUCAACUUUCCUGGACGAAGAAAAAGCCCGUUAACUCGAAAAACCUAAAUCAUAAAAUUAAACCCUAAAACCCUAAACUUUAUGGUUUAGGAUUGGGGGUUUUAGGGAACACUAAAAUGAUGGUCAGAAGAUGCAAAGGACGAUGGUAGCAUCCUUCUUACGCGACGCUCCAUUCCUCCAUCCCUAUGAACAUCUAUCUCCUUCAUUUCCUUCUUUUCUAAAACCCUUGAAGCCCAGCUAGGUGGAAGAGAUGAGGAUGCUCAAAGGAGGAUUCUAAAAAGGCGUAGCUACUGUGGAACCGGAGAUUCAAGAGGACCACACCCAUUUCUAGAUGACACAACUGGGGAAGAUGUUUGAUAGCAAGUAGAAUUUUCAAUAUGGUUUCCAGGGGUCUUUUGUGGUUUUUUACAAAGAGGACUGCAACUGGUGCAUUAAUAGGGCUAACCAUUUCAGACCGAUAUGCAAGCAUUGUUACAGUCCAUGGUCACUCUAUGAAACCCACUUUGAACCCGGGCUCUAAAGCAUUUCCAAUAUCAAUAUCUGGUGAUCUAGUUUUGGUGGAGAAGUUAUGCCUGAACAAAUACAAGUUCUCACAUGGUGACGUGGUAGUGUGUGGGAAUCCCAAUAACCACAAACAAUCACUUAUAAAGCGGAUAAUAGCCUUGCCUGGGGAUUGGAUAAGAAUACCUGAGACAUACAAAAUAGUGAAGGUUCCAGAAGGCCAUUGCUGGGUUGAAGGUGACAACUAUAAUAGCAGCACUGAUUCAAGGUCUUUUGGGCCGGUAUGUGUUUUCUUAGAAUUUGAAGCAUGUCAUUCCAGAUCCCACUUGGCCUUGUCAAAGGAAGAGCGACGCAUGUCAUCUGGCCUCCACAGCGAAUUCAUAAACUGGACAGAAGAAUGCCUACUGGAAGGAUUUCAUUGAUUUGAUUUGUGUAAAUUUUAAGUCUUGACUUGCUUCUCAGAUGGUACCCUGCUUGGCUUCCACUUUUGGCUGGUUAUUCAGAGGGAAAUGGUUGUUCAACUGCAGUUUGGAGAAUGAUUUUAGGAAUCUUUGGUUCGUGAAACUGAACUAUUUGGUUUGGGUCCCCCAACACACACACAUCACACAAAAACCCAAUCCAACCCCCAAAAAAAAGGAAAAAAAAAAAUCCAACAUCGUGUCAUUUUACAAGGCCUGGUAGGGUGAACUGUUUACUAUCUUUUCUGUUGUGAUUUUUUUUGUUUUCCUUUUAUUAUAAUGCUAAAGUGCAUUAAGUAUGUCUAAUGUCUUGUAGCUCUUUACUGUCAUGAACAACUUGUCUCCCUCCUCCCAAUUUUUUCAUGAAUAUACUUCAGUAUGGGGAUUGUUGCAGCUUUCGGCAAGAGCAA